AAUGGACAAACGCCCAGUACACAUUAGACGGUAGACAAAGAAGGCGAAGAACAUGCAGCUGUUCAGGGUUCCUCUUUUCUUACCUUUACUGGUUUUAACAUGCUGGGCAGUUCUUGAUGGCGUCUAUGGAUCGUGCUCGGGUGAUGAUGAUUGCAAGAAUUCAGGAACAUGCGUUUCAACCACAUGUGUCUGUGACGGUACUGGAUAUAAUGGUGACAGCUGCGAAAACGACAUAAACGAGUGCGAUGCCGGUACCGAUGACUGUCAUACAAACGCCGACUGCAAAAACACUGAAGGCUCCUUCACCUGCACGUGCAAACCUAACUAUGCUGGAAAUGGAAAGAGUUGCACACUUGGCGUGUGUUCCACUGGUGGCAACGAAUGUUUAAAUAGUGGAAUAUGUAAUAUCCCAUCAGACAGCACUGCUAGUACAUGUCAAUGUGCAGCUGGAUAUACUGGUGGCCUUUGUGAAACAGACAUUGAUGAGUGCGCAACCGAUGCUGAUGACUGUGAUACCAACGCCGACUGCACAAACGCUGAAGGGUCCUUCACCUGUACAUGCAAGCAUGGAUACGCUGGAGUUGGAAAGACAUGCAUAGAGGGUGUAUGUUCUGAGGACGGGGAUGAAUGCCUCAAUGGAGGUACUUGUGACACAAGCAGCUCUCCCACCAAGUGUUCCUGUGCGGAUGGUUUUAUAGGGGACACCUGUCAGAAUGGUGGAGGGACGAUGAAGAUUUCCGCAUACCUAUUGGGGAUGACUGUUUUCUCUUUCUUCUUGAUCUUGUGACGCGUUCGAUUUUAGUUUGAAAUCCAUAUUUAGCAUAAAUUUGUAAUGAAUAAGAGAUAAGACAAUUUCCAUUUUUUUUGGUAAUUAAGAUGAUAUCUUCACCAAAUUAUAGCUUCACCAAGUUAUUCGUAGAAAUAUCUAUAUACUAAAGAAUGGAAAUUCUACUAUGAUUAGAGGUGUUUAGUUAAUGAUAUUUUCGGUGUUUCUGUAUUAGUUUGUAGUUGUCAUUUCGUGUGUAUUAUUAUCACAAAUAUUGAUGCCUGUUUGAUCAAUGACUGUCAGUAAUUGAUACUGGUUGAUAUCAUCUCGCUAUAGGUAAAAAGAAAAAAAUUCCCCUGUAUGUUUUCGACCGCUGAUAACAUGUUACUGAUGACGUGGUUCUCUCACCCAGUGACCACUGACACAGAGUAAAUGUUAUCUACUUUUUACUUACAGUGACAAACAAUUCAAGUCUGAAAUAAUCUGAAGAUAUAUUAUGAUAUAUUAUUCCCUGAUAUUGUAAAUGUGAAUAAACAUCACCUGCAAUGUU